UUCUCUCUCUCUCUCUCUCUUGUCUUCUGUCUCAAAACGUUUUUGAGUACAAACUGUGAAAACAAACAAAUGCAGACGAGUCGGUUACUCUCCUUUUCCUCUAACUCCCCGAGUUCCGGCAGCUUCUCCUCCGCCGUUGACCUCUCCGCCAUCGCCGCCCGAGUCGUCGAAGAAUUCAGAGAUCAAGAAGAGCAGACACCACUAUCUGAUUCUCCCCGACUCAACGUCAACGACGAUGAUGAUGAACCAGAAUUCGCCUUCGAUUGUCCAAGCCAAGUGUGUUCUCAACCCCUCGCUACCGCCGACGAGAUUUUCUGCAACGGUCAGAUCCGUCCUCUGACCCCGUACGGUUGCGUAGCCGGAAAUGCUCCCGUGGAAUCUCAGCCGACGAUGCCGCGUCGUCGUAGACCUGCGCUGAGAAAACUGAUGAGUGAAGAACGAGAUCCGGCGGCUUCGAAUUCUUCGUCGGAAGGUGAAGAGGAUCUAAACGGUGUUCCGCCGGAGACGUACUGUGUAUGGACGCCGAAACAACCGAGUUCCGGAGAGGAAGAUCUUCGAGGACUCUCGUCGUCUCCGUCACAAAGCAAAAUCAAAAGCAAUUCAGCUGGCUUCUCGAAACGUUGGAAGCUGAGGAAUCUUCUGUACGUUAGAAGCAGAAGCGAAGGAAACGAGAAGCUCGUGUUUCCGGCGCCGGUUAAGAAGAGCGACGGUGAGGAUAACUCAUCCGAUCAUAAAGAAGAAGAAGAAGCGUCGUCAAAGGUGGUGGACGGAGAAGAAGGAAGAGAAACGGAGGAGACGAAACGACAGACGUAUGUGUCGUAUAGAAAGGACAUGGUUGGAAUAUUAAGAAAUGUGAAUGGGCUAAGUCGUCAUUUACGUCCUUUUUGAUGGUGACGUGGCUCUCCUAGACGCGGACUUUGGGUGGGCUUCGGUUUCUUUCUUUCUUUCUUUUUCUCUUCUUUUUUACCUUUUCUUUUGAUUUUCUCUCUCAACCUUUUUCUUUUAUAAGUUUCCGGGAAAAUCUUGAGUGUUGGGCGAGAAAGUAAAUAAUUUUGUAUUUACGAAAAAUGGUGUCGGUUUGGGAUUAGAUUAUAAAGUUUUUGGUGGGUUGAUUUUAUUUUAUUGGAAUGGAGGAGAAUAAUGGGGGUUUUUCUAUUGAAAUAAAACUUGUUCAAUUUUUUAGCA